UUCAUUCCCACACAGAGCCACUCCUCUCUCUCUCUCUCUCUCUCUCUCUCUGUGGUUUCGAUCCGGUGGCAGUCGAGGUAAAUAUUGGGUGGGUUCGGAGUAUCAUCUUCGUAAAGCCAUGUUUUUGUUCGAUUGGUUCUACGGAGUUCUAGCGUCGCUGGGGCUGUGGCAAAAGGAGGCCAAGAUCUUGUUCUUGGGUCUUGAUAAUGCCGGCAAAACGACGUUGCUUCAUAUGCUCAAAGAUGAGAGAUUAGUUCAACACCAGCCAACACAGUAUCCGACGUCAGAGGAAUUGAGUAUUGGGAAAAUCAAAUUCAAGGCUUUUGAUUUGGGAGGACACCAGAUAGCUCGUAGAGUUUGGAAAGAUUACUAUGCCAAGGUGGAUGCAGUUGUCUACUUAGUGGAUGCUUAUGACAAGGAGAGAUUUGCCGAGUCGAAAAAAGAGCUGGAUGCUCUCCUCUCUGAUGAGGCCUUGGCAAAUGUUCCAUUCCUUAUCCUUGGCAAUAAGAUUGAUAUACCAUAUGCUGCCUCAGAGGAGGAAUUGCGUUUCCACCUGGGCCUAACCAACUUCACCACAGGUAAGGGUAAGGUUAGCCUGGCAGACUCGAAUGUCCGCCCUCUUGAGGUUUUCAUGUGUAGUAUUGUUAGGAAAAUGGGUUACGGAGAUGGUUUCAAAUGGCUUUCCCAGUACAUUAAGUAGUAGUCCUUACAAGUGAAGAUUUGUCAUCUUAUUUCUAUAUGUUGUUUCCUAUAAAAUGGAGCUGGACUUCUUGUCAGUUAAAAAAUUACUGUUGGAGAUA